AUGAAGUCCACAACACCUAGCUACCUUCAUCGUCUUCGUAUUCACAGCAGCGAAUCUCCAAAUCCGACCACCAGCACAACUAUGAAGAAUCCGAGACUAUGGUGUAACACAAUCAUGGAGCAAGGGUUAAUUGGGAUCACUCGACACUACAGAUCAAAUCCAAAAAUAGAUUUUAAGAAACUGAGGCCAAUGAUUCUGAAGAGGAUCGAGAAUCGAGCCAAAUAUUAUCCAGUAAAAGACAUGAUCCCUGUUGCUUAUGAUGUCGUAAGAUCAAGAAGCCUUUUGAUUCAAGGCGUAUCCACUCUUCUCCAAGUAAUACCCAUCUGGUCUUGCAAAUUCUGUCAAGAAGUGUACAUUGGUGAAAAGGGUCACGCAAUCAAAACCUGCCAUGGGUAUAAACGUCAUUCCAAGAACAAAUCCCACGAAUGGAUCAAAGGAGGUAUAAAUGACAUUCUUGUCCCUGUAAACACAUUCCACCUAAAAACCAUGUUCCAAAACGUGAUCAAACACGAUGAACGAUUCGAUUACAACCGAAUACCCGCAAUUCUUGAACUCGCGCUCCAAGCAGGUGCCGAUUUUGAUUUUGACCACGAGGGUAUAUCCGGAAACAAAAUCGAAUGUUUAAAUGCUGAAUCUUUAUCACCCAAUGAUCUGAGGGUAAUUUCGGAAGGAACUUUAAAGGCAUGGGAGGUGGUUAGAUCGGGUGUUCAAAAGUUAAUGAUGGUUUAUUCGGCUAAAGUUUGUAAAUAUUGUUCGGAGGUUCACGUGGGCCCAUCUGGACAUAAGGCGCGAUUGUGUGGGGUGUUUAAGUAUGAGAAGUGGCGUGGAGGGCAUUUUUGGAAAAAAGCCGAGGUUGAUGAUUUGGUGCCUGAAAAGGUGGUGUGGUUUCGUAGGCCUCAAGAUCCGGUUGUUCUUGAGGAUAAGUGGCGGUCAUUUUACGGACACGCCCCCGCGGUGGUUGAUUUGUGUACGAAAGGUGGUGCGGUGGCACCGAUUAAGUAUUAUUGUAUGAUGAAACUUCAAGGGUUAUCUGCUGAUGUGGCAUUUAAGACCGACCAUUAAAGACAUUACAUAACAUGUUGUACUGUGUUUGAUUUAUAUCAGACUGACUGAGACUUAGAUUUAGACUGUGAAAGAAAAUGAAAGUUUUUGUCUUGUUUGUGCAAAAGACAUUAAUACCUUCAUUCUCAUAACUGACAUUAACCCAUAUAUAGCUUAUUGAAGGAAGUCGUAUAAAAAGGGGAAAUGCCUAAAUAGUAAUCAAGUUUGAUAAUCGUUUAACUUGUGGUUUUUAUACUUUUUGUUCUAAUUACUCAAGUUUCAAUUUUGUUCUAUGUAUGUGAAAUUAGAUAUUUGUAACCUUUUUACUAAGGAAAAAUCCAC